AUGGACGAGUUCGCCCAGACCCGCGGAGUCGACGACCUCUUUGACGACGACGUAACCCCUGUUACCUUGCAUCAAGAACCCGUCCAUGAACCAGCUCAGGAGCCUCAAGGGGAGCUGUACCCAUCUGCACAGCCGCAGGAGGCUCUGAUAGACCAUAAUACCUCCCCCGCGCAGGCCGAGCACGAACAGCCGCCGCAAUCUGAACUACCGGCGUCGCAUUACCGUAAACGAGGCGCUAACGGCCGGGGAAGAGGGAGAGGGGCUGGAUUUUCAAGGAGAUUGAAGCCGGAGACUCCUAAGAAAGUCGAGGACCCCGCGGAGACGACGGCCGCUACCCAUCCUGUUCAGCCUUCUGCGGUCGACGAGCCCACCCAACAGCCGAGAGGCGCUGAGGUUGCUCCCCAAGCAAAGCAGCCAGACUCGCCAGAAGAAGCCGAGAUUGGAGAUGAAGCAGCUGAAGGGGACGGGGAUGUCGCUGCGAAUGGAGAGCUGGCCAAAGAGCCUGUGGCGCAAAAGGUUCCUGCGGUACGAGGAGAUCGUAGCGGAACUGGAGGAGUGAGAAAGCCUAAAUUGACAGAAGAAGAACUAUCAGAGCGUAUGGCUGCUGCUAAAAUCACGGCCGCUAAGAAGGCCGCCGCCCAUGCGCGCGCCGAAGCAGACGAAGCGUCCUUCCAGGAGCGUGAGAAAGUAGCUCUAGCAAAGAGACUGGAAGAACGUCAGAACCGUCGUGUUAUGCUCAGUGAGCGUGAGAAGAACCGUCAGCGAAAGCUGAAUUCACAGACAGGGCGCGAGUGGGACGCAGAGAAGUCGGUAGAUGCAUUUUCAGAGCGCGGAAGAGGAGGCUCCUCAUAUCGCAGAGGAGCUCAUGGUGGCAUAGUAAAUGAUAUACGGACAGCCCCGGCCCCGACUCCAGCGGGAGACUGGGAGAAUCCCUCAAACUUGGGCGUUGGAGAUCGAAGUCGAGGCCGGGGUGGUCGUGGAGGACGAGGUCAGGGCCGAAGAGGCGGCGGUCCUGGUGGAAGAGGCCGACAAGCAGAUGGCCAGAGUACUGGAAUAUCCACCAACCUACCGCCGCCUGAGAUUACUGCUCAGGAUGAAUUCCCUGCAUUACCUGGCGCUAGACAAAAAACGAGUGAUAAGGGAGAAAAGGGGCUCAAGGAUGUCACAGCAACAGAAGAUCGAACUUCAGAUCUGCUAUCGCCGAUUGCAUCCUCUGGGACAUGGGCCGAUCAAGUGGAGGUUAGUGAGGCAUUGGAGAAGAGCACAGCAGGAUAG